CCCAGUUCAAAUUUCAAUUCAAGCAAGUUUUCACCAUAGCAGUAAUUUGAAGUUAUAUAUAAUAGACCAAUUCUUCGGAAAGACGUUCAUAUUUCAAAACCCCCUGAGAAUUUCCUCAAGCACAACCUAGUCUUCUAGACGUAUUUCCCUCAACCGGAGUUCUUCUAUCAAUAUCAUGAGUCGAGCAUUGAAAGACGCCGUACGCGAAUUGAAGGCAUGGGUGACUGAAAGCGCUUCACGAUCAGCCAGGAUUGCCAGGGGGGAAGGAACUCCAGGCUCCCGUGCGGCACCAACUCGGACAGCAAGCAACGAUUCUAAGAUCGGAGUGCGACUAGAUAACGGGGAGAACGUCACUAAAGAAGGGAAAGUCUACAAACGAUACAAAGUCCAGGCUUGCAAGGAAGCGUCGAACUCUACGAUCAAAAGUUUGGCAAGCAAAAACUCUCACAAAGUAUACGCCGAGGCCGAUGUUCCUAUUGAUGAUUCAAUUUCUGUGGACGACAAGAUCAAGAAACUUUUCGAGGAUUUGGAGAAUGAUGUUGAUAAGAAAAUGUGAACAGUUCUUUGUCUCCGGAUCUCGUGCUUAAUUUCAAUUCAACAUUGAAAUUCAGCCAUGAGUCAAUUUCCGUGGACAAGUUUCAGGGAAUUUUUCGAGAAUCUGAAGAACGACGUUGAUAAUCGAAUGUGAAUAGUCCUUUGUAUCCUGAUUUUGUGCUAUAUUUCAAUUCAACAUUGACAUUCAGCCGGGCAGCAGCUCGGAGUAUUUGUUUUGCAUGCCUCAAAAUACUGAGUGAUUGACUGAGAUGUGUAGGUUUAGAUAAGCCGAUUAUCGAAUAAGUGCCUAGUAGCUAAGAAAGUAACAUUCCAGUUUACAGGUGAUAAAUCAGAACUAAGUACUAGUUAGAUGCAGUUUAUUUGCUGAGCUGAACUUCACCUUCACACGGAAAUGCGGCCGG